GCGUCGAGUGCGGUUCUAAGAUGAAGAUAACAGUCUUGGUCGCGUUGUUAUCGGUGACGUCAGCCGGGAGAUACGAAAAUGAAGUCGUUUCUCUCGAUUACACUAAAGGAAACGUUCAGAGUAUGGUAGACGUGAGUCAGGACGGCAGUGAUUACCACUUCUCCUGGCGCCAUGACGGAGGCAGGAUGUACGAGUGGGCCUUCGGGAACCAGUACUGUGCCAGUCUAGGGAAGGAAUGGCACGGUGUCAGCAUCGAGAGUCUGGAUGAAGACAGAAGGAUCUCCAGUAUUAUAGCUGGAGACCGUAUGAAAUACAUCUGGACUGGAGGUGUUCGCCAAAACUACAAGUGGUUAUGGCCUUCAGGAGCGGUCUUUGUCGGUCUGAACUGGUCUCCGACUGGAGGGGACGGCCGCCCACAACCCGACAACCGAGAGGGAAGAGAACUGUGUCUUGCAAUUCUCAACAAUUUCUACGAUGACGGCAUCCGGUGGCACGAUGUUGCAUGCCAUCACGAGAAGCCGAUCAUAUGCGAAAGAAUUUCCUUCGGGAAUUCCUGAUGUGCAACGCAGGUGUAAAUAAUAAUAAUGAUAAUUAUAAUUAAGUGGUAAUAAUGCUUGCACAGUGAUUAAAAGGAUACACGGCCACAGUAGAUUUAUUUUUGUUUAUUUAUAUAUAAAUAUAUAUAUAUUUUUAUUAUUAUUAUUAUUAUUAUUAUUGAUAAUUGAAGGAAUAAGUAAAUAAGGUAAAAAUUAAUUUCAGUUUGUUAUUCGUCUGAUGAGGAAUUG